GUUGUUUACUGUUUUGCAGUGACCUCACCAUGGAGAUGGUGCGGUAUCGUCUGAUUGGACCUCUAUCACAUUCCGUUCUGACUGAAACCCUGGCCCCUGCCACACACUGUGAUGCUCCAGGUAAAUCCAGACCAUCCCCCUUCUGGUGGCCAGAUCACUGCAGAGACGACUGUAACAUGUCUCUUCUUCAACAACAAGCUGGUGUCUUCAACAUGCUCAGAGGUGUGUACUCCACAGCGGAGGUCCCAGCCGGCUCAGUUCUGGGUCUGACGGUGGAUGACCCCAGAUUGACCUUACCAAACAAGAGAAGCAAGGCCGUGUCCGACAUCAGGAAGGCACAAGGAGUGAAAGAGGAGAGGAGGAGGGAACUGAUGUUGAAGGGGAUCCCUGAACCCCUCAGCCAGAGUUCCCUGUGGGACCGGUCUGUCCGCGACAACGUCACACACAAGAUGACAGACCAGGAAAUAAACGGACUGCGUAGUGACGUUCUGGUCCCAGGCUCCAGACUCCCCACCCCCCUGCAGGGUAGAGUACCCGUCCUACUGGUGCAGCAGCCUGGGAAGAGCCAGGGCACAGAGAUGGGGUCCUGGGGGGCGGGAUGGGACCUGCUGCUACCCAAGGCCUGGGGCAUGGCCUUCUGGGUCCCUCUGGUUUAUAGAGGAGUACGUAUCGGAGGGCUGAGGAUGAGUCUGAAACACGCCCAGAAUAAAGGAGAGCCUCACUUUCCCCACGACUACCCAGACUGCCCUGCAGGAGCACGCUUCCAGGAAGAGCAGGAGGCAGAGCUGCUGGCCAAGUUCAGGAGGCGCCCACCAGCCAAACGGACCAAUUACAUCAAACAUGGCUGCCUGGCUCCGUUCCGUUGUCCCUGGCAACAGCUGGUCGAGGAGUGGGAGCUGAUCGUGAAGGAGGAAGGAGGAGGAGGAGAGGAGGCGGUCGCAUCAAUGGAACAGGACGUGACACCACCACAGAGUAACUUCACAGUCUUGAGGUAGAUGCCACUUCUGGAUGAU